AGAGAAUAUUGCUACAAUUGCUUCUAUUUCCAGAGGAGAAAGGAUAAUCAGGAUAAUCUCUUUACUCCAAUUCGUUCUACUCCGGGAGUGAGUUGUUCGAGAAUCUUUUCAGUGGUGAUCUUCACCCAGUAUACGACUAUUUCAACCUAGCAACAUCUCUUUCACACUUGUUAUACCGUCAAUUAACUUGAAUUCCGAAUUCUUUAAUUUUAUCUAUCCUGAUCUGAUCGACGCGAAAAUCAAUCAAUCUCCUCACAUCUCCCUCACUGCACCCUCACGACCAGCAACGAACUUCCUGACACGGACUCGAACAAAUAGACAAAAACAAACCCCGUCACAGUUACAGUUACAGUUACAGUGACAGUGACAGUGACAGUCACAGACGCAGACGACGACAGAGAAACAGAAAUAUUCACAAACAGAACCAAAACAAAAUGACCUCCAAACACGAACCCACCACCACCUCAGACCCCGACGACCUCGACGAUGAAGCCCUCUUCGCAGCCCUCGAAAACGAAGACGACUCUGCCUACCGCGCAAACCGCAUCGAACAACUCAACGCCGAAUACGCCUCUGCCAAAAAUGGCCCUGCUCAUGAUCCCUCCUCUUUCGCCUCCAACCCUGCUGCCGGUGGUGGUGCCGGCACAAUCAUAACCGACACCUUCUACCCAACCCUAAUGAGCGACCAGUCCGUGCUGGGCUUUACGACAAACACGCACAAAUGUGUGGUGCAUUUUGCGCAUCCGGAUUUUGCGCGGUGCGGGGUGAUGGACGAGCAUAUUCGGACGUUGGCGACGAGGCAUUAUGAAGUGAAGUUUGCGCGGGUGGAUGUGCGGCAUACGCCGUUUAUCGUGGAGAAGUUGAAGAUCAAGGUGCUGCCUUGUGUGAUUGGAUUUAAGGAUGGGCUUGGCGUUGAGAGGGUUCUUGGGUUUGAGGGGUUGGGGUCUGGGGGACGUGACGGAAAGGAUGGAUUUAGUAUUGCCAUUCUGGAGAAGAGGUUGCUUUGGAAGGGAAUUCUUGUGCAGGCCAAGAUCAAGCAGGGUGACGAUGAUGAUGAUGAUGACGACUAUGAUUCUGCUGGCUCGGAUGAGGACACUGGACGUGGCCCUCGACGGGCUAUUCGAAGCGGAGGACGAUUAAAUCGGAACGACGACGAUGAUGAUGACGACUGGGACUAAGAUGUAUAUAAUGGAUUAUUGUUGGAUAUGGUGCAAGCAUGCAUGCAAACCACCAUUGUUGUAUACUAUGACACUGGAGCACUUCCAUUUCUAACUUCAUGUAGAGAAGAAACUGGUCUUGUCGAAUUGAAAAAAAAAAAAAAAAAAAAAAAAAAAAAAAAAAAAAAAAAAAAAAAAAAAAAAAAAAAAAAAA